AUGGUCUACUCACUCGAAGGAAAGAAAGUCCUAGUAACAGGCGGAUCGCGAGGGCUCGGCGAACUCAUCUGUCUCAAAUUUGCAGCUGAAGGAUGUGAUAUCGCUAUCAACUAUGUGGCUGCUGAGGACAGGGCAAAGGGGGUUGCGGAUAAGAUUGAGGGAGACUAUGGAAGGAGUGCGGUUUUGAUUCAGGGUGACAUGGGAGUUGAAGAAGACUGCGUAAAUGCUGUUAAUACAGCUAUCGAGAAGCUCGGCGGUCUGGACAUCAUUAUCGCCAACGCCGGCUUCACCCGCUUCUCCAACUUCUCCGACCUCUCCGCUCCCACAACCGACGACUGGGACCGCUGCUACGCCGUAAACGUCAAGCAGCAAGUCCACCUCAUGCGCACCGCAGCGCCAACAUUCAACUCCAACCCUCAAGGCGGCGUCUUCAUCAUGACUUCCAGCAUCGCGGGGAGGAUCCCUGGCGGAUCAAGUUUGCCGUAUAGUGUUACGAAGGCGGCGCAGUUGCAUCUUAUGAGGUGUUUGGCGAGUACGCAGGGCCCGAAGGUUAGGGUUAAUGCGGUGUUGCCGGGGUGGCUUGCUACGGAGUGGGGUGUGAAGUAUUCGGAGGAGAGGAUAAAGGAGAUGAAUGAUAAGGCGUAUUUGAAGAAGGAGACCGACCUUGGAGAUUGUGCUCAGGCAUACUUGGAUAUUGCAAAGAACACUUCGAUGACAGGACAGAGAAUCCAAGUUGAUUCUGGACUAGGACAGAAUGAUUAA